AUGUCUACACUCGUAAUUGAUCACUCAUUGGACUACGAGGACCAGUCCGGCCAACUCAUCGCCGGCGCAGUUGCUUUUGGGAUCGUCUCAACUCUGAUAGUCGGCCUGCGACUGUACACUCGUCAAUUCAUUCUUCGUACUAUUGGCCCUGAUGAUGCGCUGAUCGCUGUUGCCCAAACUCUUGCAAUUGCCGUCUCAGUCUUGUCAGUGAUUGGUAGGACCAUCCAAACUCCCCAGAACCAGUUGAAGAAUGGACGAACAAGUACUGAUAUUUGGAUCAUUAUAGAGGCAAAAAACGGUCUAGGUCGCCAUGUCUGGACUUUACCUGUUGACGGGGAGCUGACCCAGGUCAAGAUCCUCUAUUCUGUCAUUGUAUUUUACAACACGGGGAUGAACAUCGUGAAACUAUCGUUUCUAUUUUUCUACCGGCGCAUCUUUCAGGAUGGGCUUGUUAGGAAAAUCUGCCUCGCAUUCAUCUACUUCACCAUAGUUUUCACCAUAGCGCAGCUUCUUACCUUGUUGCUGUCCUGCUUUCCCUUGGCGGUCAUUGUACCCUCCGUGAAGACCAGAUGCCUGGACACGUUGCCAGUCUGGUAUGCAUCGGCAGCCAUCGCAACCGUUCUCGACUUUUCGAUCUUCCUAAUACCGGUGCCAUCCGUCAUCAAGCUCAACCUAGUGAUAAAGCAAAAAGUGGCACUAUUCUUUGUCUUCUGCCUCGGAUUCUUUACAUGUGUUGUCUCGGUGAUCCGAAUAUUUACGCUACAUCGAGCUAUCGUCACAUCAGACCCGACCUGGGACGGGGCAGAAGCCGCAACGUGGACCAUUAUCGAAUUCAACUGCGGUAUCCUCGCCUCGUCGCUCCCGACCCUACGACCAUUAUUCCGGCGCUUCCUCCCGGGCACCUCGCAGGACCGGAGUGCCAAUCCGGCCUACGAAAUGUAUAGCCGUAGCGGAAGGUCCAAACUACGAUCAACCAACCGAUCAGAGCCAUUCAGAGAGCCGCACCCCCAAACCACCAGCCACCUGGGCAGGAGCGAAAGCAUGGAACAUCUCAAGGAUGACGUGGCAGCCUUGGGUUUUCCAGACAGUGAGGACCGCACUGGCACUAUUACUGUGGCGGCCUAUGGUGUGGGCGACACUGCCAGGUCGACGAAACCGGGAGGGGAUUCGGAGACGAAGGGGUACAAGGGCAUUCAGGUCACCAGAGAGAUGCUUGUGACUGUGGAGAAGGGCCAAGAUCAGGGAAAGAAGCCGUGGAACGUGUAA